ACACACACACACACACACACAGGCUCCCUCUGCUGCUGCUGUAAAACACAUCGCGCAUCCGCUCAGCUACCUGAUAAACACUCAUCAGCGGCGUCAGAUCAGGGCUAGAUUGGCUUCGGCUGGUUCUCAGCACAGAACUGAGUGAAGAUGAUCAAGCUUUUCUCGCUGAAGCAGCAGAAGAAGGACGAGGAGUCUGCCGGAGGAACGAGAGCUGGAGCCGGCGGAAAGAAGGCGAGCGCGGCCCCGCUGCGGAUACAGAAGGACAUCAAUGAGCUGAACCUGCCAAAGACGUGUGAGAUGGUGUUCCCCGACCAGGACGACCUGCUCAGCUUCAAGCUCAUCAUCUCCCCAGACGAGGGUUUCUAUAAAGGUGGGAAAUUUGUCUUCAGUUUUAAGGUAGGACAGGGAUACCCUCACGACCCUCCGAAAGUAAAAUGUGAAACGAUGGUCUAUCACCCCAACAUUGACCUCGAAGGCAACGUCUGUCUAAAUAUUCUGAGAGAAGACUGGAAGCCAGUGCUGACGAUUAACUCCAUCAUAUACGGACUGCAGUAUCUGUUCCUGGAGCCCAACCCUGAAGACCCCCUGAACAAAGAGGCGGCGGAGGUGGGCAGACCCGUAUGA